CACCGGAACAAAAGCUUCACGCGGCUCUUUUCGGUUUCCCCCGCGACGUUCUGAAACUUCCAGUUUAGCAUCUCCGUCAUAUUUCUCUCUAUAAUGUCAAAAGAGGAUCGGCCAUUAUUGUCUAACUCUGUGCUCGACAACGAUGAUGAUCAACAGUCACAAUGGCGAUUCUUCUUCUCUGUUUUGAAGAAACUAAGGCGCAAUAUUCAGAGAUAGAAGGAAAGGUUUGGUAACUGACAUAUGAGUGAACUUUAGAGAACCAGUCGUCUGCAGGUUGUUAAUGGCGUAUAUGUUGGACGACGACUGCGAUUAUCUCUUCAAAGUCGUGUUGAUCGGAGACUCAGGGGUUGGGAAGUCGAACCUACUGUUUCGGUUCACGAAAAACGAGUUCAGCCUCGAAUCGAAGUCCACCAUUGGUGUUGAGUUCGCUACCAGGAGCAUCCGCGUCACCGAAAAGGUUGUCAAGGCUCAGAUUUGGGACACUGCCGGACAAGAAAGGUAUCGCGCCAUCACAAGUGCAUACUACAGAGGUGCGGUUGGUGCGCUCCUUGUCUACGAUGUCACCCGCAAGGUCACAUUCGAUGGUGUGGAAAGAUGGUUGAAGGAGCUCAGAGAUUAUACCGAUCACAACACCGUGAUCAUGCUUGUGGGGAACAAGGCGGACUUGCGUCAUCUUAGGGUGGUCUCAACAGAGGAUGGCAAGGCCUUUGCUGAGAGAGAAAACACUUUCUUCAUGGAGACAUCGGCCUUGGAGUCCAUGAAUGUGGACAAUGCAUUCAUUGAAGUCCUAACUCAGAUCUUUCGCGUUGCCAGCAGGAAGGCUCUUAUUUCUAGUGCUGAUGCUACAGUCUUACCGAAAGGGCAUACGAUCAGUGUCAGCAUGGCAGAUGAUGUUUCUGCCGUGAAGAAAGUUGGAUGCUGUUAAACUUAGCUGAAAAAUAUUAGCCUUUUAUGCUUCACAGUGCUAUGGUUCACCAAACUAGUGAAUUUUCAGCACUUUUAUUUGAAGGCAAUGCCAGGCUUCUCUCAUGGUGUUUUCAAAUUGGGAAUCAACGUUAUAAGGAGUGAAAACACAUGGUUGAUCACAGAACUAUCAUCAGUAGGCUAGAAACUAUUUGUUGUUUUGUAUUAAAAACUCUGGAGCUAAAUUAUCUUGAGUUGUAAA